GGGCGGACACUUAGAGGUAGCAGGUUAGGGUGAGAACCGGAGGGAGGGAAAUCUGAUGCGCUAGCGAACGGGUAGUGACUGGGUGGAAAUGCCGGUGCAUUCGCGAGAGAAGAAGGAGAGUAACCACAAUGACAUGGAGGUGGACUACCCGGAGAAUGAGGGCAGCAGCUCGGAGGACGAGGACACGGACAGCUCCAGCGGCAGCGAGGAGGGGGACACCUCCGAGAUGGAUGAUGAGGACUGUGAGCGGCGGCGGAUGGAGUGCCUCGACGAGAUGUCAAACCUCGAAAAGCAGUUUACAGAUCUGAAAGAUCAACUUUACAAAGAACGGUUGAGUCAAGUGGAUGCCAAGCUACAGGAAGUGAUUGCGGGAAAAGCUCCAGAAUACCUUGAACCUCUUGCAGCUUUGCAGGAGAACAUGCAAAUCCGAACAAAAGUUGCAGGUACAAAGCAUUAUGCUAUAAAUAUCUGGAGAAGAUCAUGUAGUGGAUUGUCUGCUUCCUGGUGUGAUAUUACUUGGCAGUCAGUAUAUAUGCUCCCGGAAGCAUCCUUAACAUGUUCACGUCCAUAUAUUGUUUACAUGUUACAAGACCUGGAUAUACUUGAAGACUGGACUACUAUUAGAAAGGCCAUGGCAACUCUGGGUCCUCAUCGUGUAAAGGCAGAAGGAGACAUAUUGCCUCACAGUGCAUCCAGGCAUGCAGCACCUGAUAUGCAAAGAACUGACACCCCAUCUGUUACCGUAAAGAUGGAAAAGCAUCAGUUCAGCGCCAGGUCAGAAGAUGGUCGUCUGCAUUACAAUGGAGAGUGGUAUGGUCGGGGGCAGACCAUCUGCAUUGACAAGAAAGACGAGUAUCCAACCAGUGCCAUCAUCACGACAGUAAACAGUGAUGAGGUCUGGUUUAAGAGGCCAGAUGGCAGCAAGUCUAAAUUGUACAUUUCACAGCUACAAAAAGGGAAAUACAGUAUCAAGCACAUCUGACUGGAACAGGGGUCUGCACUUGUCCGACUCAAGGAUUUUUAGGACUGAACUGGUGCCAAGUCAUAGGAAGGCUGUCGUAACUCUUAUGACUCCUAUUGUGAAGUAUAUUCGGGAUCGUGUAUCUGAGCAUGUGCCGUAAAUCAUGACUGUGUAUCUGUGUGUACAGUGUUGUGUUAUACAAUGUCAGGAUAAUCAUUCAUAAGAAGACAUAUGAAAACCUCCUGACCUCACCAAGCUGCUGACAUCUUUUGGGCAAGCCCUUCCGCCACUCUAUUCCAUGAGGGUGCCUAAGGAGGAUGUUGUAUUAAGUCGGAAAAGAAGACAUUGCUGUGCCAAAGCAAGUGGUGAUAUGGGGCAGUAUUAAAACAUGAGAUUAUCUUUAUAUAUACAUUUAUGUAUUCCAACAACUCUUUAGAGAACGAGGAAAGAUCUAUGACAAUUUUGAAUGGCUGCAGGAUCAAUGCAUGACGUCUUAUUGUGUUCUGUUUAAAGAACCUAUAAAAGUCCUUUAGGCGCUUUGUUGCGGUUUCCUCCAUUCAUAGGUGUAAAGCUACCAUUCAGAUGAAGUACCAUAUAGUUCUAUAUUGAAACUCUUCUUAAAAUCAAAAUGUUCUACAAAGUAAAUCUACUUGGAGAACGGCGAAAGUGUUUGCUGAACAUCUAUUCACUGUAAGUGUUUUCAAGGUAAAUAAGAGAACCCAUUGAAAGGUAAAGUCUGCAUUGCAAUUUCCAAGGAAACAAGGUGCAGGUAGGGACCAAUAACACUAUUAAGCCUUUGACAAGUAAAGAUAAAACCUGUAUUAUGUGCAGGGAUCAUAAUGAAGUGUCAGCCCCUAAACUUAAUCACUGCUAAUCCAUUUUGGGUCUAGAUUAUAAUAUAUAAAUAAUGAAAUUAUUUUUGAGUUGCACCCCUGCACUGUGGUGGUAUCUAAUGUUGCCUUCAUAUCCUUAUCAUUGUAGACCUGACCUUUUUCUAUAUGGUAUUAUUAUUACUACCUAUUAUAUUGUGUUACAUUAAUUUUCUAUUUGUGCCAAACAUGAUUCCAGGUAUUUUAUAUAUUUCAUAUAUGUAUAUUCUUUUGUAAUUUUGGUUUGUGAACGUUCUAGGUCUUUUAUCCAUAGCUACUUUCAGUCCCCAUGAAAAGAUUCCCAUGAAAAGACACUAUGGGGGGAAUUUACUGAUACUAAAACUUUGACCAAUAGUCUUUAAAACGUACCUGUCAUAUCCUACAAUUUUUUUUUUUUUUAUGUUACUCAGUACUUAAGCCUGAUCAUGCCCAUAUAUUCCUAUCACAAUUACCUUUCAAUGUGUUGCACACUUGGAUUGUCAUCCUGUGCUUUGGAGGGGUGGUGUCUCUCACUCUGCAUGACUCCUCUUCCUCCCUGAGUCUGCUGUGCUGGGUAUUUUCAUCCAACCACUCCUGGCUGCUCUGUAACCCCUUCCUCCUGCUAGUCCCGCCUUCACUUACUGGAUUUUGUCCAAGCUUGUGUUUCAGCUAGGACAACGAUGAUGCUGCAGCUGGACAGGACCAUGUUCUGGAUGGUAUGGGGAAGUUUUAUUAGCAAGGUUAACAUUUUGCCAAGAUGGGCACAGUCAGAUUCAGAAACCUUUUAUAAGUUGUAAAUCAAAAAUGUAGCUGUCAAUAAAAACGACGUUUGAUGUUUCAGACAUGUCAAAAGUUGUUGAUUGCAUCGGGUCCAUCUAGACUUCUAUGCGGAGAAAUGUUAGGGUCUUUUGGCCGACCAGGAAGUAGAGGUCAAGUCUUCCCGCUUCCUCAGCUAAUAACUCUCGAUCGCAGUGGGGUCUCAAGAGUGAGACCUGGGUCGAUCAAUAUUUUUUGACAGGUCUGAUCGACAUGUCUGUAAUUGUUUUUUAAUUAUAGUAACGCUUUAAAUGCACCAGAUAUAUUUCAGUGGCUCAGGCUGUUUUGAUAAAUAUGGUGCAUCUCUAGAUUGUCUAUUAUGCCGGAAUUAUGUGCCAACAAUUUGGUGCAUCAAAGGGGUAUUCCACUGCACCAGCGUUCAGAACGCCCCUCCCAUAGACCUGCAUUAAGGGGAUGUGACAUCACGACCCCCGCAGCCCUCACCCAGAACAAAAUGGCAGUGGAGUAACCCUUUAAGGAUAUGCCCCUUUUUAGGACAAGACUCAAAAUAAAUGUUGUGUUCUAAGUCAUGGAAGUCAUUUUUGUUUUGUGCAAGAAUAAUGGCACAUUUGCAAUAGUAAAUUAUCCCCACUGAGAGUAAGACUGAUCAUAUCACUUUUUUUUAUACAGUUAUGCAAUUAUUGACUAUAUUAUCCUAUCAGUGCUGUGGUUGCCAUUCCUCCAUAUAUUUAGAAUUGUGAAGACCCUUAUGUGAAAUAUCGGGUAGCUUUCACUCUAGAUUCAGGCGAUCAGCUCUCCCAUACUGUAUGUCAAUGGGAAUGGAGCCAAGUCCAAAAAGAUGGAAUUGCUGAUCUAUAAAUGGGGAAGUAAAUUUCCUGAGUUCCAAACAGAUAUUAAGGCUUCAAUAAUAUAUAAUGACUAUAGCGUUAGAUAUGAAGCGAGAACCAGACUGUCAUAAAGGAAGUAUAUACAAAACUUACAUUUAUUUAGAUCAAAACUAUUAAAAGGCUAUAAAGGGUAAGAACACUUUUCUUAAAAUCAGCUGCUAAACAGUUAAUGCAAAAUCCCUUUUUUUUCUGUUUACAUAUUGGGCAGAGCGACCUUGCUGUAAAGUUUUUGGUAUUUCAGAGAUUUACUGACGCUUGCAAUGUGGCCUGUAGGCUGGCACCAUUAGACUAGCUCUAUGUAAUAGUCUAGUAUUUCUGUCCUGUGAAUAGGGGAUAAGUAUUUAUGUUCCAGAGUUCCCCUUUAAUAUCUGCUUAUGUACCGGAGUUCCACUUGAAGUGAGUCUAGUGUGUCUUUACCCUUAGGUCAGGUUCACACUACAGAAUUUCCUAGCAGAAUUUAAUUUUGAAAAUCCGCUUGGAAAUUUAGAUGCAGCAGAGUUCCAUGGCUGGCAGUGGGAUUCCGCUGCACCGUACCCACUGCUGAGUUUUCAAGGCGGACUUUCCGCCCGGAAAAUCUCCUCGAAAAAAUUCUACCUGAACGUUGAACUUGUGUAAUGUUCUGGCAGAUCUCCGCUCUGCAGACAUUGCCGUCUAUGGACAGCUUUGUCUGGCCCUAGCGUCAACUGAUUCAGUUGGUGCUGGCAGCACUGGAAUUCUCCAGUGUGAACCCGGCCUUACAUGUGUAUGUGCUCUCCUGCUGCUCAGUUGAUGGUUAUACAGUCAUGGCCGUAAGUGUUUGCACCCCUGAAAUUUUUCAAGAAAAUGAAGUAUUUCUCACAGAAAAGGAUUGCAGUAACACAUGUUUUGCUAUACACAUGUUUAUUCCCUUGUGUGUAUUGGAACUAAACCAAAAAAGGAGGAAAAAAGCAAAUUGGACAUAAUGUCAAACUCCAAAAAUGGGCUGGACAAAAUUAUUGGCACCCUUUCAAAAUUGUGGAUGAAUAGGAUUGUUUCAAGCAUGUGAUGCUCCUUUAAACUCACCUGGGGCAAGUAACAGAUGUGGGCAAUAUAAAAAUCACACCUGAAAGCAGAUAAAAAGGAGAGAAGUUCACUUAGUCUUUGCAUUGUGUGUCUGUGUGUGCCACACUAAGCAUGGACAACAGAGGAGGACUGUCUGAGCACUUGAGAACCAAAAUUGUGGAAAAAUAUCAACAAUCUCAAGAUUACAAGUCCAUCUCCAGAGAUCUAGAUUUGCCUUUGUCCACAGUGCGCAACAUUAUCAAGAAGCUGUCCUGCAGGCUCAGGGAGCACCAGUGUCAGCGCAAACUAUACAUCGACAUUUAAAUGAAAUGAAACUCUAUGGCAGGAGAUCCAGGAGGACCCCACUGCUGACACAGACAUAAAAACGCAAGACUUCAUUUUACCAAAUGAACUUUUUGAGCCAAAAUCCUUCUGGGGAAAAAAUGUCUUGUGGACAGAUGAGACCAAGAUAGAGCUUUUUGGUAAAGCACAUCAUUCUACUGUUUACUGAAAACGGAAUGAGGCCUACAAAGAAAAGAACACAGUACCUACAGUGACAUAUGGUGGAGGUUCAAUGAUGUUUUGGGGUUGUUUUGCUGCCUCUGGCACUGGGUGCCUUGAAUGUGUACAAGGCAUCAUGAAAUCUGAGGAUUACCAAUGGAUUUUGGGUCUCACUGUACAGCCCAGUGUCAGAAAGCUGGGUUUGCAUCCGAGAUCUUGGGUCUUCCAGCAGGACAAUGACCCCAAACAUACAUCAAAAAGCCCCCAGAAAUGGAUGGCAACAAAGUGCUGGAGAGUUCUGAAGUGGCAGCAACGGGGGAGAUUUAUUAGUAGAUUAGCAUUUAGUAGAUUUUUUUUUUUUUGCUUAAAAUUGUCGCAAGUGCGACUUUUUGAUUGAUUGUGCAGUGUCCUAAGCAAAAAAAUAAAAAUCUUGCUUACCAAAGCAAAAAGUGACUUUUGACUUGCAGUGGUCAGAGAUUUAUCAAGUGCGAAAGUCGCA